AUGGUAGGUUCUCAGGCCCUCGUCGCUUAUCAAAGACCAGACGGACGGUUCUACGCUUACGCGUCGCCAAUCGACAGCUACGACACGAGGCUGCAGGAGGGGAGAUUGAGCUUCAGCUUCUCCGCGCUGUCGGGGACGUUUGUGAACAGUGAGAUGACGAUAUUCGCGUCGCUUCAGCUGACGAGUGGCACGGUGAUGAUCAACCAGGUGUGGCAAACCGGUCCCUUGAAAGGGGGUACACCGGCGAUUCAUGCUUCGACCGCGGAUCAUCUCACGUCGUUGGGGACUCUGGACCUUAUCAACAGCGAUGCUACUUGA